CUCCCAGUGCCCCAUCCCUGAGUGUCUCCAUCCUUUUGUGUUCCCAGUGUAUCCCCAGUAUGUCCUAGGGUAUUCCCAGGAUGUCCCCAUCUCCUAGAUGCCCCAUCCCAGGGUUGUCCCCGUGGUGUCCCCAGGGUGUCACCAUCCCAAGGAAUCCCCAUCCCAGGGGUGUCCCCUGGUGUCCCCAUGGUGUCCCUGCACUGUUCUCUCAGAGGUGCCCUGGGUUACACCGCGCUUGGCCUCCCGCACCCCAACGUCCCUGCGCAUCACCUGGCCCCAGCCCCUGGUUCCUCCUGAUGGCUACCGGGUGACACUUGUCCCUCUGGAUGACCCUGUGGCCAUGACAACACAUGAACUGCCCAGCUCUGCUGUCGCCUUCUCAGUGACAGGGCUGUCCCCAGGACACCCCUUCGAGCUGCUGGUCCAAGCCCGGCGGGGGCCGCAUCUAGGGGCACCUGGGGUCCUGCGCCUGCGCACAGCACUCAUCCCAUCUGUGCCGCACUAUGAGGGGUCCCCAGCAUCACCUCAGGGCUCCCUGGGGUCCCCAGCAGUGGCACCAUCAGCCCGAGGACCCCCAGAAUCCCCAGGAUCCCCAGGGUCACUGGGACCCCCGGGGUCACCAAUGUCACCCAUAUCACCAGACUUGUCCUUGGGAUCACCCGGGUCUUUGGGAUCACCAGCAUCCCCCAAGGUUCCAGCAUCCCCAGUAGCUCGAGGGUCCCUGGGAUCCCCAGCACCCCCGAGGUCAUCAGUGUCACCAGAGUCCCCAGAGUCACCAGCAUCACCGGAAUUCCCAGAGUCAUCAGUGUCACAAGAUUUCUCAGUGUCACCAGCGUCCCCAGAGUCCCCAUUGUCCCCAGAGUUCCCAGAGCUUCCAGGGUCCCCAGAGUCCCCAAAGUUUCCAGGGUCCACUCCACCCCCAUGGUCCCCAGUGUCCCCGUGGCCCCCACUGUCCCCAGGCAUCCCCUCCCUGCAGGACCUGGUGGCCCGGCUGUCCACAUACAGUGGAUCCCUGCUCCAGCGUCUCGAGAGCCACCUUCGGGCCACCAACUUCCCACUCCGUGGCAACCAGACAGUGCCAGGGGUGGCCCGUGCCAUCCUGGCUUACAUCCUGCGCCGGCACCCAGCGCUUGGGAGAAGACAGGGACCCACAGGGGAGGGUGGAAACCAGGAGCCGGUGCUGGAAUGGGUGGACAUGGAUGGGAUGGAGCUGACAGAGCCAUGGAGGGAUGUGGAGAAAACAGUCAAAGCUGAGCCAGAGGAGCUGCGUCCAUCCCGGCCAGUCCUGGGUGACCUCAGUGUCACCAGCAUCACCCCCAGCUCCAUGCAGCUGCAGUGGACUGUCCCCAAGGGCUCCUUUGACUCCUUCAUGCUGCAGUACCGGGAUGCUGAGGGCCAGCCCCAGGCCCUGCCCAUCGAUGGCGGGUCUCGCUCGGUGACGGUGCCAGGCCUGUCCCCAUCCCGCCGGUACCGCUUCCACCUCUAUGGGCUGCGGGGUGGGAAGAGGAUCGACCGUGUUUCCAUUGAUGUCAUCACAGGAGCUGCAGAAGAACCAGAGGAGCUGUCCUGGCCCUCAGAAGAGACCCAACAUGAGAAAUCCCAAACUGAGGCCUCUGCAUCUAAUGCCUCCCCAGCACAGGCAGUACUGGGGGAGCUGAGGGUCUCCAGCAUCACCCCCAACUCCAUGGAGCUGCAGUGGAGUGUCCCUGAGGGCCCCUUUGACUCCUUCAUGCUGCAGUACCGGGAUGCCCAUGGCCAGCCCCAGGCCCUGCCCAUUGAUGGCAGGUCCCGCUCAGUGACGGUGCCGGGGCUGUCCCCAUCCCACCGGUACCGCUUCCACCUCUAUGGGCUGCAGGGCAGGAAGAAGAUGGAUCACGUCUCCACCGAGGCUGUGACAGCUGCAGCAGAGCCAGAGGAGCAGCCCCUGCCCUCAGAGAAGCCCCAACAUGAAAAACAUCGAACUGAGUCCCCUGCAUCUGAGGCACCACUUGUGCGGGCAAUGCUGGACGAGCUGAGGGUCUCCAGUGUCACCCCUGACUCUGUACAGCUGCAGUGGACUGUCCCCAGUGGUUCCUUUGACUCCUUCAUGCUGCAGUACCGGGAUGCCCAUGGCCAGCCCCAGGCCCUGCCCAUCGCUGGCAGGUCCCGCUCAGUGACAGUGCCAGGGCUGUCCCCAUCCCACCGGUACCGCUUCCACCUCUACGGGCUGCGGGGCAAAAAGAAGAUUGACCAUGUCUCCACUGAGGCUGUGACAG